CUCCGUAAAAUCCAAUGUUUUGAUUCUCCAAAAAUGCCGGGAAAAAGAGCAAGAAGGAAGUUGACCAAGAAGAAUCAGAGGAAGCGGCGUCGUCAAAAACAAGCCAAAGAACGCGAUAAACUGGAGGAGGAGGCGGAAAGCCAGAGACUUUUGCAGCCGGAGUACCAGAAAUGGGUGCAAAAACAGCGGGAAAUGGAGGAAUUCCAGCGCCUGGCCGAGGAACGGGAGCUCCAGGAUGCGGAGGAGUUGUGGCUGCGACGAGAGGCCAUCGCCCAGAGACAGUUCCGGAUGGACGAGGCCAAGCGCCGCCAGGAGCAGGAGGAAGUGGAGCGUUUGCAGCGGGAACAGGCCAAAGAACGGGCGGAGCGGCAGGAAAUCCAAAGGAAACAGCGCGAGGAGGAGAUCAGGAAGUCUGCCAAGGCUGCGGCCGAGUUCGAUGCCAUGAUGGAGAGCAUGAAUGAGUACCUGAACAACCCGCGUCUCGAGAAGCCGCCCAGUCACCUGCUACGGGUGAUGGAAACCCAUCCAGAGGAGCGGCCCUGCGAGUUCUUCAGCCGCACCAAUUGCUGCCGUUACGGCCACGCCUGCACCUUCAACCACCGACGACCCAUGCUGGCCCGGAUCCUACUCAUCCGGCACUUCUUCAACCACUCCAUGCUGCAGGAAAAACCGCCGCACAAGGAAUACGCCUCCGCGGAGGAGCACUUGGAACUGACCGAGCAGGAUCUGCGCAGCGACUACGAUGAGUUCUUUGAUGAUGCCGUCGAGGAGCUGGAGAAGUUUGGCACCAUCGUCAACUUUCGAACGGUGCGGAAUACGCUGGAACACCUCAGGGGUCAUGUCUUUGUGGAGUACACAAGUGAACGAUCCGCUCUUCGCGCUUUUACCAACCUCCAAGGUCGCUACUACGCUUCCAAACGCCUGAACGUGGAGUUCUCCAAUCUGAAGACCUGGCGUGGCGCAGUCUGCGGUUUGUCCUUAACACGUAAAUGUCCCAAAGGUAACGGCUGUGGCUAUCUGCACUUGUUUCGCAAUCCGAACAACCUGUUCAACACCAAUCUGGAGUACACAACGACUCCAAAAGGGGAACGACCCGCUAGCCAAACUCCAAAGGCCAAAACGCCCAGUUGGGAUGAUCAUAACGAGCAUGGCAGAAACUGGCGCUGGUCAGAAAGCCCUGAGGUGGAGCUGGAAAACCACAAUAACUUGGGCAACAGCAUUAAGAACUCUAACAACAGACAAGUUCUCAAAAAUUCCAAGUCAAGAAGGGAUAGAGAUUCAAGACGAUCAAAUCGUAGCGAAGCUUCUAAAAGAAAUCGCAGCUCUUCAGAAUCAUCCCAAGACGAUCACAGAUCAAAUAGGCGUCACCAAUAA